GUUGCAUAAGAGAGACGCCUUUUGCCGCAUCCAUUCGCCUUUGGUCGACAUUGGAAAAAAAACAACGCAAACGUUGUUUUUUGCGGCGAUAUGCAGCCCGCCGGCGCCAUUACUCGUCGUUUUAACGCGCUCUUUUGCCGCCAUCUGGAACCUCUCUUAAACACCCGGAGCAUCCGCCCCGCCUCGACGCUGUUGUGUGAGAACCAGUCCAGGCCAGGGAUGCUUCAUCAGGACCAACAUCUGGCCUAUGGAGGUCAAGGCAACAACAAUCGCUCCUCCUCAUUGCCAAACAGGAAGUACGACCAGGAUGGCAACUUUAACUUCCUGUCCGACAAAGAGGACUUCACAGGGACAGGCGAUGAGAAUCAGAACCGCCAGCGUCCUGGCAAACUUGGUCCUCUCGGCCCCGACCCGACCCACUCGUCCUCCCACAGAAACUCCGGCGUCCUGUCGCCUCGCUCCCGCAUGCCCUGCUGGAGCACGCUGGACCCUCUGCCGGAAAUCGAACACGGGGACGACGGGUGCGGCCGCGUGCCUCCCGAUGGGGCGGAGGAAAGGAAGCUGGAGGAGGAGGAGGAGGAGGAGGAGGGGCAGCAUCGGGAGAAAAUGGAGCUUCCGAGGAAGAGAAGCAGCAUCCCGAGCAGGCAUGAGAUGGAGGAGAUGAUGAGGCUUGAGAAAGACGAGGAGUGGGGGGACAGCGAGUCUGAGUCGGACUCUGGCGGCAGCAUGUCCUCCCUCACCAUGGAGACCAGGGGCGACUUGAUGUCCUUAGGAGGUUGGGACCGCAUGGGAGUCGGGGAGCCCAGACUGAGCCACCAGGACUUCGACUCCAGCAGGGGCAGCUCCAGAGAAGCCGCCGCCGCCGCGCGACGACGAAGCCUGAGCCGCAAGUCCAUGUCCAUGUCCAGGAGCAACCUGGAAGACCUCCUGGAGGAAGGGGCGGAGGAUCCGUGCCGCCAGUCCACCGACUCGGACGGCGGCGAGGCCCCCGAGCUCAUGGACGCCGUGUGGACGCUGCGGGACCGCGAGAGGUUCAAGGCGCAGGAGAUGGAGAAACACCAGGUGCAGCUGACCAUGUACCGCCGCCUGGCGCUGAUCCGCUGGGUCCGCACCCUGCAGGGCCGCGUCCAGGAGCAGCAGAACCGCCUGCAGUCCAGCUUCGACGUCAUCCUCACCAACAGGAAGGAGCUGCUGCGCAUGGGCGCCACCGUGAUCAACGCCGCCCCCCCCGCUGCUGUGGGACAAUCAUAGGACCGACAAAACAUUCCUGUCCACUAGGCGGCGCUAUAACCCUUAGACGUAAGACCACUCUAUAGCCAAUCAGAAGACUUGAACGCAGCGUCACUCAUGGAACUACAGAACCAACGUCCACUGCAGUGGACAUUUGUCUUUUGCAUAAGAGUGCUUUUUUUCAAAAUGUACACCUGUAACAAAAAAUAGACCAAAAAAACAACGUCCACUGCAGGGGACAUUUGUCUUUUUUUUUUUCAAAAUGUACACCUGUAACAAAAAAUAGACCAAAAAACCAACGUCCACUGCAGUGGACAUUUGUCUUUUGGCAUCAGAGUGCUUUUUUCUUUUUUUUAUCAAAAUGUACAACUGUAACAAAAAAUAGACCAAAAAAACAACGUCCACUGCAGUGGACAUUUGUCUUCUGCAUUUUUUCAAAAUGUACAACUGUAAAAAAAAAAAAAAAUAGACCAAAAAAAACAACAUCCAAUGCAGUGGACAUUUGUGUUUUGCAUAAUGAAGGUUUUUUUUUUUUCAAAAUGUACAACUGUAACAAAAAAUAGACCAAAAAACCAACGUCCACUGCAGUGGACAUUUGUCUUUUGCUUUUUUUCAAAAUGUACAACUGUUACAAAAAAUAGACCAAAACGCCAAAGUCCAAUACAGUGGACAUUUGUCUUUUGCAUAAGAGUGCUUUUUUAAAAAAAAAAAAAAGUACAACUGUAACAAAAAAUAGACCAAAAAACCAACGUCCACUGCAGUGGACAUUUGUAUUUUGCUUUUUUUUUCAAAAUGUACAACUGUAACAAAAAAUAGACCAAAACACCAAAGUCCACUGCAGUGGACAUUUGUUUUUUGCUUUUUGUCAAAAUGUACAACUUUAACAAAAAAUAGUACAAAAAACCAACGUCCACUGCAAUGGACGUUUGUCUUUUGCAUAAGAAUGCUUUUUUUUUUCUUUUCAAAAUGUACAACUGUGACAAAAAAUAGACCAAAAUACCAACGUCCACUACAGUGGACGUUUGUCUUUUGCAUAAGAGUGCUUUUAAAAAAAAAAAGUACAACUGCAACAAAAAAUACACCGAAAAACCAACGUCCACUGCAGUGGACAUUUGUCUUUUGCUUUUUUUUUCAAAAUGUACAACUGUAACAAAAAAAUAGUACAAAAAAACCAACGUCCACUGCAGUGGACAUUUGUCUUUUGCUUUUUGUCAAAAUGUACAACUUUAACAAAAAAUAGUACAAAAAACCAACGUCCACUGCAAUGGACGUUUGUCUUUUGCAUAAGAAUGCUUUUUUUUUUCUUUUCAAAAUGUACAACUGUAACAAAAAAUACACUGAAAAACCAACGUCCACUCCAGUGGACAUUUGUCUUUUGCAUAAGUAUGCCUUUUCCCCCCCAAAAUGUACAACUGUAACAAAAAAUAGACCGGAAAGCCAACGUCCACUGCAGUGGACAUUUGUCUUUUGCUUUUUUUUUCAAAAUGUACAACUGUAACAAAAAAAACAACGUCCACUACAGUGGACGUUUGUCUUUUGCAUAACAAUGCUUUUGUUCAAAAUGUACACAGGUAACACUCUUUUGUCCACUGCAGUGGACGUUUGUUUUUUGGUCUAUUUUUUUGUUACAGUUGUGCAUUUUGAAAAAAUAAAAAUAAAAACACUCUUAUGCAAAAGACAAAUGUCCACUGCAGUGGACAUGUGGGUUUUGCUUUUUUUCCAAAAUGUACAACUAUAACAAAAAAUAGACCAAAAAAACUAUGUCCAUUACAGUGGACAUUUGUCUUUUGCAUAGAAGUUGUUUUUUUUUUUUUUUCAAAUUGUACAACUGUAACAAAAAAUAGACCAAAAACAAACGUCCACUGCAGUGGACAAAAGAGUGGAUGGAACUUAGAUGUUGAGGUUCCAGUAGCAGCAACACCAUAUACAGUAUAAUAAGUGUACAGUACAGUGGUGAUCAUGGCUCCACCAGACUGUUCUGUAGAUCCCCCUUAAGAGCCAGCGUCCACUGCAGUGGACGUUUGUGUUUUACAUAAAAGGAAACCAAGAGCAAACAUCCACCACAGUGGACAAACGACCAAUGUUAGAGUGGAUAGCACAUAUGUGAUCCACUGUCCUGGCAGCAAUGUAGGUUCCAGUAGCGGCAACACCAUAUAUAGCAUGCACACUAUUUUGCUAUGUAUAUUCUCUUAAAAGCCAGCGUCCACUGCAGUGGACAUCUGUGUUCAUCUGAAAUGUGGACUUUCGACCCGGACCAAACGUCCACUGCAGUGGACAAGGGGAUCAGGACGAUAUCACACUCUAUGAAGGAGCAACAAAAGUUCUUAUGUCAUAGAAUUUAUUACUCGCCAUUAUUUAUUAUUGACACACGCGACCCCAAAAGGGACAAGCGGUGGAAAAUGGAUGGAUGGAUGGACAUCAUUUAAAGUCACAGUACGACUUUAAAAAAGUGUGUGAAAGUUUUUUCUUUGUCUCAAACAAAAGCCAUUUUAGGUUAGAUGGAAUUUAAUUGAAGCUCAAGGUUCCAGUAGCAGCAAUGUAUGUGUAUGUAUACAGUCGUGCUCAUAAGUUGACAUACCCUGGGAGAAUUUAUGAUUUCUUGGCCAUUCUUCAGAGAAUAUGAAUGAUAACACAAAAACCUUUCUUCCACUCAUGCUUAAUGGCUGUGUGAAGCUAUUUAUUGGCAAACAACUGUUUACUCUUUUUAAAUCAAAAUGACAAAAGAAAGUACCCAAAUGACCCUGAUCAAAAGUUGACAUACCCCAGUGACUUUGAUCUGUUAACAUGCACAAAAAUUGACUCAAACAGGUUUGGAUGGCUAAUCAAGGUUCCAAUCCUCACCUGUGAGUUGUUUGUUUGUAAUGAAUGUGUGUGUAUAAAAGGUCAGUGAGUUUCUGGGCUUCUGACAGACCAUUGCAUCUUUCAUCCAGUGCUGCACACAUGUUUCUGCAUUCUGAGUCAUGGGGAAGGCAAAAGAAUUGUCAAAGGAUCUGCGAGAAAAGGUAAUUGAACUGCAUAAAACAGGAAAGGGGUAUAAAAAGAUAUCCAAUGAAUUGAGAAUGCCAAUCAGCAGUGUUCAAACGCUGAUUAAGAAGUGGAAAAUGAGGGAUUCAGGUAGACCAGCAAAGAUUUCAGCCACAACAGCCAGGAAAAUUGUUUGAGAUGCAAAGAAAAAUCCACAAAUAACUUCAGCUGAAAUACAGGACUUUUUGAAAAAUUGUGGUGUGGCUGUUUCAAGAUGCACAAUAAGGAGGCACUUGAAGAUAAAUGGGCAGCAUGGUCGAGUGGCCAAAAAGUAAAAUUUUGGUCUCAUCACUCCAAAUUACUUUGUUCCAGAAGUUUUGAGGCUUGUCUCUGUGCUGUUUGGCGUAAUGUAAGCGGGAUACUUUGUGACAUUUGCGCAGAAAUGGCUUUCUACUGGCGACUCGACCAUGCAGCCCAUUUUUCUUCAAGUGCCUCCUUAUUGUGCAUCUUGAAACAGCCACACCGCAAUUCUCGCCGGGAACUCAUGGCAACACAAAGUUUUGUCAUAACUUAUACACAAUUAUUCUGACAAAUACAUAUAAAUUAAUUUCUUCUAAAAUUUACCUGUGCGUUCUAUCAAAAAAUACGGUGUAUUGUCUACUUUUUGUAGCCAUUGAAAAAAAAACCUCAUAGAAGUUGGACAAAAAAAAUUCCCCAAGGAAUUAAACAGACAGAACUCAAUUUAGCUCAAUUGAGGAGAAACGCGUAGACACUGUACCCUUGUAGAGUGUCGUCCCACGCUCUGACGAAAGAUUGUACACCUCCUCUUUUAUUUGGACUUUCUCUGAUUACAUGGCAACAGCUGUUUCUAAGGGAGGUGGGGUCGUAAACAGCCAUCGCCUUUGGUUACAAAACAGUUAAAAGAAAAGGUGCCUGGAGGGAGGUCAGGCCCUGCCUCCUCUCCGCUUUCUAGAUCUCGGGUAAAAACAAAAUCUUCCUGUGGAUUACAAUAGCAGAAAGAAACCGACGCCUUCAUGUCGCUUCCCAUCGUACACAGCCUUCUGCUUGGUAGGAUCAACGACAGCUUUUGUCCUCUUGCCGGGAAUUCAUGGCAACACAAAGUUUUGUGAUGACUCAGAUACAAUUAUUCUGACAAAUUAAAUUAACUUCUUCUAAAAUUGACCUGUGCGUUCUAUCAAAAAAUACAGUGUAUCGUCUACUUUUUUUAGCCAUUGGAAAAAAAAACUCAUAGAAGUUGGAGAGAAAAAAAAGUUUUUCCUUUUACAUGCACUUGGGAAAAAAACCUUCUUUAAACCCCAACCCCCCCAAAAAAAUAAAAAAUUCCCCAAAGAAUUAAAAAUUUAGGAGAAACGCGUAGACACUGUACCCUUGUAGAGUGUCGUCCCACGCUCUGACGAAAGAUUGUACGCCUCCUCUUUUAUUUGGACUUUCUCUGAUUCCAUGGCAACAGCUGUUUCUAAGGAAGGUGGGGUCGUAAACAGCCAUCCCCUUUGGUUGCAAAACAUUUCAAAGAAAAGGUCGUAAAACAGUUCAAAGAAAAGGUGCCUGGAGGUAGAUCUUGGGUAAAAACAAAAUCUUCCUGUGGAUUACAAUAGAAGAAAGAAACCGACGCCUUCAUGUUGCUUCCCAUCGUACACAGCCUACUGCUUGGUAGGAUCAAAGACAGCUUUUGUCCUCUCGCCGGGAACUCACGGCAACACAAAGUUUUGUGAUGAUUUAGAUACAAUUAUUCUGACAAAUUAAAUUAAUUUCUUCUAAAAUUGACCUGUGCGUUCUAUCAAAAAAUACAGUGUAUCGUCUACUUUUUUUAGCCAUUGGAAAAAAAACCUCAUAGAAGUUGGAGAGAAAAAAAAGUUUUUCCUUUUACAUGCACUUGGGAAAAAAACCUUCUUUAAACCCCCCCCCCCAAAAAAAAUUCCCCAAGGAAUUAAACAUUGAGGAGAAACGCGUAGACACUGUACCCUUGUAGAGUGUCGUCCCACGCUCUGACGAAAGAUUUUAUUUGGACUUUCUCUGAUUACAUGGCAACAGCUGUUUCUAAGGGAGGUGGGGUCGUAAACAGCCAUCACCUUUGGUUGCAAAACAUUUCAAAGAAAAGGUCGUAAAACAGUUCAAAGAAAAGGUGCCUGGAGGCAAAAAAAAAAUUCCCCAAGGAAUUAAACAUUGAGGAGAAACGCGUAGACACUGUACCCUUGUAGAGUGUCGUCCCACGCUCUGACGAAAGAUUGUACGCCUCCUCUUUUAUUUGGACUUUCUCUGAUUACAUGGCAACAGCUGUUUCUAAGGGAGGUGGGGUCGUAAACAGCCAUCGCCUUUGGUUGCAAAACAUUUCAAAGAAAAGGUCAUACUUUUUUUAGCCAUUGGAGAAAAAAAACUCAUAGAAGUUGGAGAGAAAAAAAAGUUUUUCCUUUUACAUGCACUUUACCCCCCCAAAAUACAAGUUUGCUAACAUGACGUCACACUAAAACGGAAGCAUUUUCUUUUGAAAUGCUCAGUUUGCUUGGAAUUUAGGACCAUCCGAGGUCCUUUUGUGCAAGGUUUUUGGACAUUUUAACAACACGCAAUGAUUUUUUAUUUUUUUGUCGACGUUGUCAAAACCAUCUGCUGUAUAAAGAGACCAUGCUGUAGAAAUCAAUAAUAAGUUGAUCAAUAAAUAUCUAAUUAAGUGCUGUG